AAAAUGAAAUUCUGAAAACAUAACGUUUACUAGAUUUGUAAAAUGAGCUCUAAAGGUCAUUUCUUGACCGUUUCUGAAAUUGCAGAGGGUAGCAAACUUACAUCAGUCUUGACUGAAUUUCAAUUGCAGGUUUUGAGUUUAGAGGAACUUGCUGGUCGGAUUGCAGACAUUGAUAAACGGAGAGCAAGAGAAAUUCUUGAAAAUGCUGUUCAAAGAAUUAUUGAAUUGUUGACAGUUGAGAAACCAUUUGCUGUGAGUGAAAAAGCAAGUAUUGGACAGAUUGAUUCAAUCGUAGAGUUGGCAAAUGAAAACACUGAGACAGACAGUCCAAUUAUUCUAGUCAAUGAACUGGAAACUAGUGAAUCAACUGCUUCAAACCAAGAAGAUAUUGUGGCAUGGGAAGAACCUCUAACACAGGAUCAGGACAAAAUAGUAUCUGUUAACCCAGAACAGAACAGUGCCGCUAUCUCUGACGUAGCAUUCAGCACAACCCCAAACCUGAGAACUGCAAAACCGCAUGGCCUUGUCUUCACCAUGGUAACCAGAGGUUCCAAACAGCCUAAACAAAAGACAGGGAACCAAUCAGACGAAAACAUGGAACCAACUAUUCUUGGCCCAGUGAGGAAAAGGGGGCGUGGCAGACCUACAAAGGGAACAAUUCCGCCCCCUGUGGUCAAUGAUCAGGGACAGAAUGUAUAUCGAUGUGAAACAUGUAAGGCAGAGGUCAAGACAUACCAUGCUUUACUUGUACACAUGCGACGUCAUUCCGGACAGCGGCCAUUUACGUGUGAUAUUUGUGGGAAAGCAUUCACAACCAAGGGAAACAUGCAGGCCCACGUUGCAUGUGCUCACACAGACGAGAAACCGUGGACGUGCCCAACGUGCGGGAAGGCUUUUAAGGAGAAAAAGAGUCUAAAGAUACAUGAGAGAAUUCACACUGGGGAAAAGCCAUACAGCUGCUCCGAGUGUCACCAGGCUUUCACCCAGCUGGGGGCUCUAAAGGAACACAUGUUGAUCCACGCUGGCCUCAAGCCCCACCUUUGUGACCUAUGUGGCCAGGAAUUCAGGUCUCGAACCAAUCUCAAUGAACACAAAAAGCGACAUCUCACUCAAAAACUACUUCACUGUCGAUCUUGUGACAACACCUUUUAUAACAGAGCUUCCCUCCAGAGACAUGAAGCAAUGCACAUCAAGGCCGAAUACUCUUGUGACCUGUGCGGAGAUGCAUUUACACAGCCUGAUGAUCUUCAAAACCACUUGUUAACUGUUCACACAACCGUAGCCCAACCCCUAGUGUGCGAAAACUGUAACUUUGUGUUCGAGGACCAAUCAGAAUGGGCAGAGCAUAGACAAUUGCACGAAAAUGACUCAGGGGCACUGGGAGGGACCCCGGUCCAGGUUGAGGGUGGGGAUACAGUGUACCUCACCUCGGGAGAGGGGCUGCAUACUUCUGGGGGUGGUGAUCAGGUCUUGCUUGUUGAGGAGGGGGUUGGGAUAGGAGGCGGGGGUUAUGAUGCCCUUCACUCAGUUCUGGUAUCAGCUGCCAUGAGUGUUGACACGCUGGGGGAAGGUGGUACACAGUUUGUUCAUGUGCUUUGUGUGGACCCAGAAACUGCACAAAUCUCUAACACUGAUCAGACACUUAUUUAAAACUAAACAAUUCUGGUGCAAAUUUGUACAUUUAUUUGGUCAAUACAGUUUGUCCAUAUAUUUUGAAAACUGCACGGAGCAAUAACACAGACCCUAAUAAAUGAUCAAACUUGCCAUAAAUAUAUUGGCAAGCUAGUAUAAAAUUGUUGGUUAUUUAGACGAAGAUACUUCACAGAUCUUAAGAACAUACAUAUUUGACCCUAAAAUAUGUUUAAGGCUAGAAUGGGUCUUAGUUGUUAGUUUGAAACAAGAUAUUGCACAGAUCUCAAACACAGACUGGACACUUAAUUCAUAACUUGCUAGGGGUGAAUAUCUCAAAAUAUCUUAAAUACAAAGGGUUUAAACCUUCAAUGCAAUUAAGCUGAAAAAUCUUAUUAAAACCCGAAUUCACAGAUCGGAAUGAAAAUGACUGCGAAUAUAGUUUUUAUUUUGCUAAAAAAGUGCAAUACUGCCAAUAGUGGGAGUAGGCUUAAAGUAAUCGUGUAACUAGUUGCUGGGAGCAUGAUGUUUGUUGGUCCCCGCUGAAAAUAUUAGCAGCUUUAGAGAGUUUAAGACUGUUAAAGAAAUCUGACCCAUAUAUGUGGCCGUCUUAGCACAGGACACGGUUGGUUGUAGUCUUCACAACGUGUAGACCACUAGCACAGCUUACAUGUAGCUGUAUCAGCCAUAAAUUAGGGCGAUGUCAUCGGCGUUGGGCAAACACAUUAAUAUUGGCCUUGACUCAAAACAAGAUCAAUAUAUGCAAACCGAAUAUAGUAGAUGUGUUGCCAAAAACUUAUUUAUAUUAUUACCAUAGCAACUCAUACUUCUGGCUUUAAUACAAGUUUAUUGAGACAUGUCCCUUCUUCGACUUCGUGGUUACCAGCGUUGGUGUUCACUUCGUGCUGCUCUUGUCCUUUUUUAGCUCGACUAUUCGAAGAAUAAGGAGGGCUAUACUGCUUGCCCCAGCGUUGGCGUCUAGUUAAAGUUUUAGGGAAAGUUGGGAUUUUUACUUUUAAGUCCAAUACCAUUCAUUCAAUUGACUUAAUACUUCACAGGGCCAUCACAUAAUGAGGUAAGAUAACUCCAUAUAAUCCUUUAUACAAAUUAUGGCCCGAUUGACCAUGGAACUUAGGUUGAAGUUUAAGGGGAGGUUGGGAUAUUUAUUAAUAACUUCUAUACCCUUCUUUCAAUUGACUUAAUACUUCACACAGUUGUUCAGGACCAUCACCCAAUGAGGUAACAUAACUCCAUAUUAUCCUAAUACAAGUUAUGGCCCCUGAUUGACGUAGGUUAAAGUUUUAGGGCAAGUUGGGAUUUUAAUAAAAAACUUCUAUACCCUUCAUUCCAUGCACUUAUUAUCUUGAAUGAUUAUUUUUUAUUUUGAUUAUUUUUGAAAGGCACAUUUUUAUAUUCUUAACCACAUUUUCAUAAAGGGAAUACAAGUUAUUUGAAUGACUUGCGUCAUUGCUCCGUCAGGCUGGUGAUAGGGCAGCGUCAAAGUCACAUUAUGUAUGAAUAAUUUUAGCUAGGUUUGACAUAAAGAGACCAAACUUGGUAUAUACGAAGCAGUUAUGGAGAUCUUUUAUGGGAAUGCGUUUUAUGCCCCUAGCUAGGAUCAAGGUCAAGGUUACUAUUGACAGAAAAAGGGUUGGUAUUGAAUAACUUAAGUAAGGGUAUACAUAUUGUGACCAAACUUGGUAUAUAGGAAGAGUUUAAAUAUACCUUUCCUAAGAUUGUGUUUUUGGCCCCGAGAGUUAUGGUCUAAGUGAAAGUCACUGUUGCUAAAAACAGAAUUAUGGUUAGUACUGAAUAACUCAAGUUAGGGUUGACAUAGUGAGACUAAACUUGGUAUAUAGGACAAGUUUAUGCAGAGCUUUCAUGGAUUACCUUUUGGCCCCCUAGGGUCAAGGUCACUGUUACUAAAACUGAAUCUCUUCUGCUAAUCAUUAAAAGCCUGGUUUUGUCACAUCGCGAUUCUUGGUCACUUUUUAGAUAGAUUAUUGUACUGCUUUUGACAGGCACAUAUUACAUCGUUAUUGUAUUCACUUCUAAGUCUAAGCGGCGUAGUCGAGCGCGCUCUCUUACGACAGCUCUUG